AUGGCGGCCGUAGGAGCGAGUUUUGUAACCGACGUUCUGCAGAAAUCUGGUCGGUUAGAAAAAGAAGAUUUACAAACAAGCGUUGGAAAACUUUCACAGAAGGCAGACGAUGUCAAGACACAAGUGUAUACGUUAAUCCUGAAGCAAUACACGGAUUUUAUGCAAUCUUAUAACUUGACAAUGGAAAUGAACUCAAAAGUGCAAGAAUUAUCUACGGAAAUGAAUCACCUGAGCGAGAAAAUCAAGGGAGAUAUUGAGACACAACUUCAAAAGGCAAACAACAUGUAUACUGAUCUCUCUGAACAACUGAAUGAAACCAAUCUAAUUAUUAAUGUGUUGACAAAAAUGUGUCAGAUUCAUGAUUUGAUGUUAGAGCUCUCUGUUUUAAAAAUUCGGAAGGAUUAUUGUAAAAUUUCCGAGGUUCUCGAACGCGUGAAAUGUCUCCUUGAGGAUUUACCAAAAUCAGGGACAGAAACCAAAAUUUUUAGGAUAUUGAGGGCAGAAUACCUAACAGAGCAAAGUGAAUUUCUGCACACCCUCAAUGGCUUGUGGGACAAAUGCAUAUCAUGGAAAACAACAACCACGCCCUCUUGGGACAACAUCGAUGGACAUCUUAAAACUAAACUGACCAUAUCUACAAGUGAUACAACGGAAAUAAAAUUAGCAUUGCAAACUUUGCAGUCACUAAAACUAUUGGAUGAGAAGUUGAGCAGAUUUGGAAAGAAGUUUCUUCAAUUUAUCAUUAGACCUAUUGUCAUUUUUCCAAGAUUAAAACCUGUUCAAAGCCAAAAUGUGGAGACAUGUGUGUUUUCAUUCUCCAAAGAUUUAUCAAAAUCAUCAAAAAUGGGAAUAAGCACUAUGUUGGACCGAAUUGGACAAACUUUUGAACAUCUCAGCAAGGCUUUUGUAAACAGGACAUUUCCUGAUGCAAAUGACGGGCAGGAAGAGCAAUCCCUUGCUGGUAUGUUGGGUGAGAUCAUCUGGAAACAGUUGACUGAGAUUAUUAUUAAAGAUUGUCUAGAGAAAUGUGUUCCUACUACAUCUAGCCAGUUAGAGAAAUACGAAGACACAAUUACAACCAUUGCAAAAUUCGAGAUGACUCUAAUAGCCACAGGGUUUCUGGCUGAAGGCACAGAGACACUCCAAACCUACUGCAAGAAUGUUACUACACAUUUUUCUAACAAAAAGUGUCAAGAUUUAUUGUUUACCGCGAGGGAAAUGCUCAAAUCAAACGUCAGUUUUCAUAAUUCGAAGCUGGUUUCAAUACCUGAUAAAAACAAACCCGUUUCUCCCUUGGUUGAUAUUUCUGGUGGAAAUAAAGAUGGAGGACGCAAAGAAAAUGAGCGCUCGCCUGGAACACCGACCGAAAACAAAUUGAGUGAAAAUAUGUUUCAUUUUCCCACGUGCCGUGUCAGCGAAUGUAUUCCUGAAUUUUUUAACCUUGUCUAUGGAACAUUAGUCGAGGCCACUGAGAGCAAUAAACCAGGGGAUGUGAGGUUAUUUUAUACAGCAAGAAACAUGAUCGAACUCUAUCGGGUCGUUGUACCCACGUACUACGAAGAAGACUUGCGUGAACUUCCUCAGAUGUCCGCACUUCACUAUAACAACUGUAUGUUCCUGACACACCAUCUUCUUACCUUGGGUCAUCAGUUUCGGUCUAAACUACCCGAACCUUUGAACCGCGGCGCUGCCACGUUUGUUGAUAUGGUGUCACCAAUGAGGAAUCUCGGAGAGAAAUGUUUCGAAGACCAGUUGCGAAAACAAUCCCACAUUCUCCUGGAUUUACUCGAUUCCGGAGGUGGUUUAUUGGACUUGAAGGUGACACUUAUGGAAAAAUCUAUCAGGCAGGUCUGCUAUCAGGUUCUAAAGCUCAGUCGCGUAUGGAAAGACAUCUUACCAGAAAAUAUCUACAAGUCGGCACUCGGAACAUUGCUAAAUAUUUCCCUCAACAGAUUUCUGGAAGACAUUCUCAAACUUGAGGAUAUUUCUAGCGAUGACUCACAUUCCUUGCAUAAUCUCAUGGGGAUAUUUGUAGACAAGUGCCCAGAAGCUAUUCAGAUACCUGCAGAAGAAAUGCCGGAAACGGUUAAGGUUUGGAGGAAAUUCCUAGAACUACGGUGCAUUAUCGACUCGAGCUUACAAAAUAUUGAGAACAGAUGGAGCGAAGGAAAGGGUCCGUUGGCGCAAGAGUUUAGUUGUAACGAGAUCCGCGGACUGAUAAGAGCCUUAUUUCAGAACACAGAUAGACGAGCUAGUGUCCUUGGCAAGAUUCGACCUUCGUGAGACAUCCCGUAUUAGCAAACCUAGGGUCAAGUAUAAGCGAAGAUAUGAAUCUAUUGUAAAUAUUUUGCCGGUAUACUCAGCGCGCCAAUAUCACCACAAAGGCAUUUUUUAAGGCCUGUUUUCACGAUCCAAUCUUGUCGCAUCCAAUUCACUUCUAAUGGAUCUUUUAUAGUCUGUUGACUUGCAAAGUAUAUGAGCAGAAAAUCAACUAAAGCCAAUACAGUACCGCUUUACUAAUAGCAAACUACAUGCCAUACGACAGAAGUGAAUUGGAUCCGAUAAAGUUGGAUUGUAUG